AUGUCGUUGAAAUCAAGGUUGCUGCGGUAUCAGCACUUCAAUGUGACAUUUCCCCAUGAGCGAGUGGUGCAAGUCACAUUAAACAGACCUGAAAAAUUGAACUCCAUCAAUAAAGCCACCAGCCGGGAGCUUCAAGAUAUUUGGGAGCUGUUUGACCAAGAUGAAAGCUUAUGGGUCGGCAUCAUAACGGGCUCCGGAAGGGCCUUUUGUACUGGGGCUGACCUGCACGAAUGGAACCAAAUGAAUAGGGAUGGGGUAGUUAAUGACAUGACAGCGCCGGGCCUUGCUGGACUUCCCCGUCGGAGUGGCAAGAAGCCGAUCAUCGCAGCUGUGAACGGCAUAUGCAUGGGCGGAGGUUUUGAGAUGGUGGCAAACUGCGAUCUCGUAGUAGCUGCCUCGUCCGCAAUCUUCUCUUUGCCAGAAGCGAAGCGAGGCAUCGUCGCAGUGGCGGGAUGUCUACCGCGACUAACCCGAACACUUGGAUUGCAACGUACGAUGGAUCUCGCGCUCACAGGACGAAGUGUGAGCGCUAAAACUCUCUACGAAUGGGGCCUUGUUUCUCGACUAGUGGACUCGGGAGACAACGUUGCUCAGGCUGCGCUCGCACUCGCGCAAGAAUUGUGUGGAAAUAGCCCUGAUUCGUUGAUUGUUGGUCGCCACGGAAUUCGGCUGAGCUGGGAAUUGGGAAGCGUGGAGGAUGCAGUGACAACUCUGGAGAAAGAAUGGUACCCUCACUUAAUGGCAGGCCCUAACUUUGGUGAAGGUAUCCAGGCAUACGUGGAGAAGCGACCGCCAAAGUGGUUGAACUCAAAGCUCUAG